AUGUUAAAUUAUGUCUUAGUAAAACUGGGGUUUAAGAGUGAGGAGUCAGUUGGACGCAUUGUCUUUGAAUUAUUUGCUGACGUUGUGCCUAAAACUGCUGAAAAUUUCCGUGCGUUAUGUACAGGAGAGAAGGGCACAGGGCCUACCACUGGAAAGCCUCUCCAUUAUAAAGGAUGUCCUUUCCACAGAAUUAUUAAGCAAUUCAUGGUCCAGGGUGGAGAUUUCUCAAACCAAAAUGGCACUGGUGGAGAAAGUAUAUAUGGUGAAAAAUUUGAAGAUGAAAACUUUCAUUAUAAGCAUGAUAAACCAGGGCUACUGAGCAUGGCAAAUGCAGGUCCUGGUACUAAUGGUUCUCAGUUCUUUAUUACAACGGUGCCUACUUCUCACCUGGAUGGGAAACAUGUGGUGUUUGGCCAAGUGAUCAAAGGAAUGGGUGUAGUUAAAAUGCUAGAAAACGUUGAAGUAAAAGGAGAAAAUCCUGCUAAGUUGUGCGUCAUUGCGGAAUGUGGAGAGCUAAAGGAAGGAGAUGACUGGGGAAUUGUUCCCCAGGAUGGAUCUGGAGAUGCUCAUGCAGAUUUUCCUGAAGACUCGGAUAUAGACUUGAAAGAUGUUGACAAGAUUGUGGCCAUAGCAGAAGACAUAAAGAAUAUAGGAAAUACUUUCUUCAAAUCGCAAAAUUGGGCAGUGGCAGCUCAAAAGUAUAGUAAAAGUUUACGGUAUGUAGAAGCUUCUGAAGAAGUGGCAGAGGAGGCAGACAAACCAAAGUUAAAGGCUGUUGCUUUGACCUGUGUUUUAAACAUUGGUGCCUGUAAACUAAAACUGUUGGAUUGGCAGGGAGCCAUUGAAAGUUGUUCAGAGGCUCUUAAAAUAGAUCCAGCAAAUACUAAAGCUCUCUACAGACGGGCUCAAGGAUGGCAGGGAAUAAAAGAUCUCGAUGAAGCACUGGCUGAUCUUAAAAAGGCUCAUGAAAUUGCCCCUGAAGACAAAGCUAUCCAGACGGAAACACUCAAAAUCAAACAGAAGAUAAAAGCCCAAAAGGAGAAAGAGAAGGCAGCUUAUGCUAAAAUGUUUGCUUGAUUUUUUUAUAAACGUUUAAAUAUAUGCACUAACUCAUGCAAAAGAAUUAACAGAGCUACUUCUUUCAUUUGCCCUGCACUGCAGUUUUCAGUGUUGACAACUCAAAAAAAUUCUAAUAAUAAAAGACAAACUGUUCAAAGGUGA